AUGAGGCUUCUCUUGGCAACAUUCUUAACAGCUUUGCUGUCCUUCAGAAGUUCGCAGGCUCUUGACUUUGACGUGGAUAACGAGGGGUCUAUCAAGAAUGCAACUGCGCUAGUGGCAGGCGGUCUUCUCGACUACUACACCGGCCAACAGUAUGGGCAAACAAUCGGGAUGUUUUCAAACCCAUACUACUGGUGGGAAGCAGGUGGAGCGUGGGGCUCUAUUCUUGACUUCUGGUGGUACACACAGAAUGACACGUAUAAUGCCAUGUUGGAAGAGGCUCUGCUGUAUCAAGCUGGAGAAAAUCACGACUACAUUCCUUUGAAUCAAUCCACCACAGAAGGUAACGAUGAUCAAGCUUUUUGGGGGCUUGUGGUUAUGGCCGCAGCGGAGAGAAACUUUACAAAUCCUCCUGAAACUGAACCUCAAUGGUUGUAUUUAGCUCAGGCUGUUUUCAACACGAUGGCCUUGCGUUGGGAUGACGAAUCAUGUGGUGGAGGUUUAAGAUGGCAAAUCUUUACUUGGAAUUCUGGUUACGACUACAAAAAUACUGUUUCCAACGGAGCCUUGUUCCAUCUUGCUGCAAGGCUGGCUCGCUACACAGGAAACAACACUUAUGUUGAUUGGGCCGAGAAAGUGUUUGACUGGAUGAAGGGCAUCGGACUCUUGACAGAGAACGACAACUCUUAUGUCUACGAUGGUGCUAAAGUGGACGGGAACUGUUCUACUAUCACUAAGCUUAUUUGGACAUACAACCAAGGACUGUUAAUGUCAGGAUGUGCGUAUCUUUACAAUUACACGGGCUCCGAGACCUGGCACACCAGAACCUUUGAGUUUUUGAACUCUUCGGAUAUUUUUUUCAAUAACAGUAUCCUGUAUGAGAGAACAUGUCAGGAAGCGAACACAUGUAACACUGACCAGCGUUCUUUCAAGGCUUACUUUUCUCGAUUUUUGGGCCUUACAGCCCAACUUGUGCCAGCUGCCAGAAACCAAAUCAUGGAUUGGAUUCGUGCAUCUGCCAAGGGUGCUGCCCAGUCAUGUUCUGGUGGUACAGAUGGUCACACGUGUGGGUUGAAUUGGUUCUAUGAUGGAUGGGAUGGGAAGUGGGGCUUGGGUGAACAGAUGGCUGCUCUAGAAAUCAUGCAGAAUGUUCUUUGUCUUGAUAGGCCAGCACCAUACACAGCAGCGACUGGAGGUUCUUCGGUUGGCAAUGGUGCGGCUGGUACAGAAACGUCCGCCACGAAUCUGAGCCCCUUAGACAUUACGACAGGUUCACGUGCCGCGGCUGGAAUCAUUACCGCAGUUAUUGGACUCUCUAUCGUGGCUUGUACAGUAUGGUUAGUUCUCUGA